AUGCAUCGGCGAUGCAUCGGCGGUGCGGCGCGAUCCUCCGACGCCAGCUGCUCCGACCCCAUCCGGGAGGCCUCCGGUGUGAGGGGCGAGGUCCCGGACAGGAGCGGGGUGCCAGACGGCAGGCUUCUGGCGAUCGUCGGCCUCGGGGGGCCGGGCCCCCCUGGGGCCUUGGCACAAACGACUCAGGAUGAGAAGCCGGCCCCGAGGGAAGGGUCGGGACGUCCGGGCCCUGACGCGCGCAGCAGCGCAGCACCAGACAUUGCCAUCAUUUGUCGUCGUCAUCGUCAUCGUCGUCAUCGUCGUUAUCGUCGUUGUCAUUGUCAUGGUUGUCGUCGUCGUCGUCGUCGUCGUCGUCGUCGUCGUCGUCCUCGUCAUCGUCAUCGUUGUCGUCGUCGUCGUCGUCGUCGUUGCCGUCGUCAUCAUCGACGUCCAGGGACCCCGUGUACAAAAACUCAAGACAUCGCAUGUCUGGGGCCUGGUGUGUGGGUGUGUGUGGGUAUCAGGGCCGGGGCCACGAGAUCUCCCAGACUUCGUGGCCCCCUGUGCUUCGUCUUCGUCUUCGUCUUCUUCUUCUUCUUCUUCAUCUUCUUCUUCUUAUUCUUAUUCGUCGUCGUCCUCGUCUUCUUCUUUUCUUCUUUUUCUUCUUUCCAUGCGCCCCCUGGCGCCCCUCCUCUCGUCCGCGCACGUGCCUGUUGCCGUGAUGCGCUGACCCCCUCCCCUCUUUGCCCGGACCCCCCGCCCUCUUCGGCGCGCCCGGGCCUGCGCUUCGGCGCGGUGGCCGACGUGCAGUACGCGGACGUGGAGGACGCCUGGAACUUCGCUGGCACCCAGAGGAGGGGGUACCGCGGGGCGCUGGACAGCCUCAGGCUGGCGGUCAGAGACUGGCGGCGGCAGAAGGAUCGUCUGGACUUCGUGGCCGACAUGGGCGACAUCAUCGACCAGCAGUGCGAGGCCAGGGGCGACUCCCACGAGAGCCUCGCCAGGGUCCUGCGGGAGUGGGAGCCGCUGAACGACGGCGUGCCGGUGCGGAUAGAGAGGCUGGUCGGGAACCACGAGCUCUACAACUUCAGCAGGGAGGAGGCCGCGAGGCUCAUCCCAGGGAUCUUCCCCUGGUACCGCAGCUUCCGCCCCAGGCCCGGCUGGCGAGUCGUCGCGCUGGACCCCUACGACCUGAACGUGAUCGAGCGCGGGCGCGCGGCCGCGGUGGAGCGGGGGCUGGCCUACCUGGAGCAGCACAACCCGAACGACCUGCGGGCCCCCCGCGGCACCGUGGACGCCGGGGCCGGCCUCGAGGGCCUGCAGCGCCGCUUCAUCAUGGCGGGGGCCGUUAAGGGGGAGCAGCUGCGCUGGCUGCGCCAGGAGCUCCUCGACGCCCAGCGCGGGGGCGAGCGGGUCAUCAUCCUGACGCACGUGCCCCUCCACCCCGAGGCGACGUCGCCGUCGGCCCUCCUCUGGAACUACGACGAGCUGCUGUGCGCGCUCCGCGAGGCCGAGCGCGGCACCGUGGCGCUGGUCCUGGCGGGCCACUACCACUCGGGAGGCUACGCCCUGGACGCCGCGUCGGGAACGCACCACGUCACCCUGCCGUCCCCGCUCCACGCCGACGCUAGCGAUCCGCGCGCCCACUGCGUCGUCGAGGUCCACGAGGAGCACGUCGCGAUCCUGGGGGAGGGCCUCGUGCCGAGCCGGAGGCUGCCGCUCGUGGGGCGCCCCGCCGCGGCGCGGGCGCCCGCCGCGGCGUCGAGGCUGUAG